CCAUGGCUCCCUUUGGAAAAAACUUAUUAAAGACUCGGCAUAAAAACAGAUCUCCAACUAAGGACAUGGACUCAGAAGAGAAGGAAAUUGUGGUUUGGGUUUGCCAAGAAGAAAAGAUUGUCUGUGGGUUAACUAAACAUACUACCGCUGCUGAUGUCAUCCAGGCUUUGCUGGAGGAACAUGAGGCUACACUUGGAGAGAAACGAUUUCUUCUGGGAAAGCCCAGUGACUACUGCAUCAUAGAAAAGUGGAGAGGCUCAGAACGUGCUCUUCCUCCUCUAACUAGAAUCCUCAAGUUGUGGAAAGCAUGGGGAGACGAGCAGCCCAAUAUGCAAUUUGUUUUGGUUAAAGCAGAUGCUUUCCUUCCAGCCCCCCUGUGGCGGACAGCUGAAGCUAAACUGGUACAAAACACAGAAAAACAGUGGGAACUCAGCCCAGCAAAUUACAUGAAGACAUUACCACCGGAUAAACAAAAAAGAAUAGUCAGGAAAACCUUCAGGAAACUAGCUAAAAUUAAGCAAGACAUGAUUUCCCAAGAUAGAGAGAGCAUGGAGACGUUAGUUCAUCUGAUUAUUUCCCAGGACCACACAAUUCAUCAGCAAGUCAAGAGAAUGAAAGAGCUGGAUCUAGAAAUCGAGCAGUGUGAGGCUAAGUUCCACCUUGAUCGCAUAGAGAAUGACGGUGAAAAUUAUGUCCAGGAUGCAUAUUUAAUACCUAGCUUCAGAGAUGUUGAACAAAAACUAGACUUUCAGUUUGAUGAAAGCGAGUUACUGGAGGACUUGAGCAAAUGUAAUGGAAUUGUACAACUGGAAGAGCGACUCCGAUAUUACAGAAUGCUCAUUGAUAAGCUCUCCACAGAAAUAGAGAAAGAGGUGCAAAGUGUUUGCUUUGAGAUAAAUGAAGACACAGAAGAGGCUGCUGUGGGUGAACUGGAAUGUGCAGACUUGGAAAGUGUUAAGUGUGAUUUAGAGAAAAGCAUGAAAGCUGGUUUGAAAAUCCACUCCCACUUGAGUGGGAUCCAAAAAGAGAUUAAAUACACUGACUCAUUGCUUCAGAUGAAAGCAAAGGAAUAUGAGCUUCUGGCCAAGGAGCUCAAUUCACUUCACAUUGGUAAUAAAGAUGGAUGCCAGCUAAACGAAAACAGAGAGAAGGAACUUGAAGUUCCUCACAGCAGUGGGGACGUUCCUCCAUUUACUCAAAGAGUAUUUAACAUGUACACAAAUGACACAGACUCUGACACUGGUAUCAGCUCAAACCACAGCCAGGACUCUGAGAUGGCUGGAGGGGAUGUCGUGCUGUUGUCAACUUAAUUAUAAUGACUUCUUUCUGACCUUAAUGUCUGACCUUUAUGAUGUUGUCUGUUUAAAAUAGCAAUCUUUAUUUUAAAUAUUAC